UAUAAAAUUGGCAGCACUGUGAACUUUUCUUGGGUGCAAAGCGAUCGUUUUGUUCGACGCGAGAGAAAAAGCAAAUGUAAAGUGUUACUGUGAAGCAAAAAAACAAUUAAUUUUAUAAAUAAAUUAAUAUUAUUUAAUGGACGAAGUGAAAAAUUAUUAUUUCUUUAAUAAGUGUUUAAAAGAAUAGAAAACUUUUGCAUUCAAUUCUCUAUUAUUUUUUUAAAGAUUGUGUAUAGAGAACAAAAAAAAAAAGAAAAAUGGAAUCAAGCGGAAGUGAAGCAGUGGAAAAAAAUCCAGAUGAAGAACUCGUAUUUGUUUGGCAGGACUAUUUGGACGCGACAGAAAGUACAGAAGUGCCACAAAUUUUAUUUCCCCACGUGGAAUUAACAUUACAAAGUGGAAUUGAAAUUGGAAUGUCGCUUGAAGUGCCAAAUGGAAAAUCGACAAAUAAUGAGGAUAUUUCCUAUUGGAUUGGUUCAAUUGUAAUGGCGUGUGGACCACUGCUAAGAUUACGUUAUUUCGGCGGGGACGAUAGAUCACUCGAAUUUUGGUUUAAUUUAACGAAAGAAGCGGCCCAUGAACUUGGUUGGUGUGAAAAAAAUGGCAAACAAUUACAACCACCGGAAGAAAUUGAAAAACGUUCGCCCGAUUGUUGCGAGAAACUUGAUGAAUUUUUAUCGAAUACUAAAACUGUUCCCCAGGAAAUGCUCUCGGGGGAAGGACUCAGUAUGGUUGAUAGAAUAAAGCAGGGAAUGAAAGUUGAAGUGAGCGAUAUUCGACAUCCGUACAAAUUAUGGCUUGCAACUAUAAUCGAGAACGUUGGCGGUCGUCUUUUGCUUCGUUACGAUACCCCAGGAUCAUCGCCAAUGAAAGAUUUUUGGAUAUUCUGCACAUCGGAGCAUUUACAUCGUCAUGGUUUCUCAGCGAGUUCGAGUACAAAAUCAAAAUGGUUUCUAGAACCCCCAACAUCGAUAAUUGAUACCCACGCCUAUGAGGAAUGGAAGGAAUUAACGGAAAACGGUUCCAAGGACUACGAUCACAAUGAAAGUCAUUUCGAUAAUAUUAAAGAACACGAGAAACAUAAAUUUCAACGUAACAUGAAAUUAGAAACAAUAUCGCCGGCCGAUCGAACAAAAAUAUGUCCCGCAUCUGUUGUUAAAGUAUUCGAUGAUAUUUAUUUUCUCGUUAAAGUUGAUAUUUACGAUGAGGAAGAUCCAAUAAAGGAUCUAAACGAUUCAUUUGUUUACGAUAGUGCCGAGAAGGACACUUGGCUCUGUACUGCCGAUCAUCCAUACAUAUUUCCCGUGGGUUGGGCCGAAAAACACGAAAUACAAUUAACACAUCCACAAGGUUGGAUCUCAAAAUCGUUGGACUUCAAUUGGUCGGAGUAUUUAAAGGCAACCGAAUCAAUAGCUGCGGAGGAUUCGUUUUUUUCUCAUAAAGAGAACGCGCAGGAAAUUGGUUUUGAAAUUGGAAUGCGUCUCGAGGCGGUUGAUCCAGAGAAUGAGAAUGUCAUUUGUGCGGCGCACGUGACGAAAAUCAUUGAUAAUUUAUUAUGGUUAAAAUUGGAUAAUUAUGAGGAUUGUCGACCAGAGCAUGUGGUGCAUAUGAAUUCAUUGCAUAUCUUUCCGGUCGGUUGGUGUGAAUCGAAUCAUUAUCCAUUAAAACCUCCUAAGGACUAUGUGGAAAUUUGUGGUAAGAUUCAACCAACGGAUUUGAAGAAGGCUCAGGUGGAAACGCCAAAUGAACCAAGAUCUUCGCUAUGGUGUCCGAAGAUUUAUUUCAAUUAUCGAUGCUUCACGGGGCCUAUGAUAUCGAAGGGGAAAUUGGCGACAUUACCAAAAGCCGUGGGACCCGGACCGGUAAUAUUGGUGAUGCGCGAAGUCCUCUCAAUGAUUGUAUCGGUUGGCUAUCGAAGUGCAAGAAUACUAAAAGUUUUACAAUGCGAUGCUAAACCGAAAAAUGGUUAUCAUCUCGAGGUCCUGAAGGCGAAGCACAAAAAUAAUACAUAUCGGGCGAGUGUCGCGGUGGUUACUUCCGGCGAUAUGGUCUCUGAUUUUUGUCGCAUGAUCUGCAAAAAAUUGAUGGUCUGCCCUAAUCUUUUUGGUCCGGUACGGGUUUUGCAGGAGGAAUGUCCGGAUCGAUGUCACAAAACUCAGAAGACGAAAUUCACCGCUCCAGUGGGCAAUGGAAAACGAGGAAAGCCAAAGGGCUACACGAGUAUAAUGGUCCAAAAGCCAAAACCAUGGGGAGGUCGUCGAAAACGAAGACGUGGUCGCUGGGCGAAUCGGGACAAGGAGAAUGACGACGACGAACGUGACGAGGACAUGCCUUAUUUAUCGAUGGACCUAACAAAGCACAUUUCCAAUAGUUUCGAUGAAUCUUGCGAUGGUCGUGUACCAUCUUCAAUUGAAAACGACUUUUCGAAAUGCAAUCAAUUGGAGAAGUUUGAUGACUUUAAAUUGGAGGCACAAUCGAGUAAUGGGUCAGAGGAUUCACGGAGUUCGUUCAACGAUCGCAAGAGUAAGGACAGUAAUUUUGAUAGUCCAGGUAGUUCGGGUGGUAAAUCACAAACAAAAUUAUCGAAUCAUAAUGGAGCAACGAGAACACGUGGUAUUAAACGUGAGAGAGAUGACACAAGUGUCGAGUCUGAUGAUGUAUCUGAAAUCGACGUUACUUACACAAGGGGACAGAAGAAGACAACCAAGAAGCCAAAGAAUGGAACAUUGGAUUCGAAUCCAUUGUUUUGGAGUGUAGACGAUGUCUUUCGAUAUUUGAGGAAAACGAACGAUUGCAAGGAUAUUGCCUACAGGGUAAAGCAAGAGGAAAUUGACGGACUGGCUUUUCUGCUUUUGAAUCUACCAUCCUUAACACAACACAUGAAUCUACGAACGAGUGCAGCAAUGAAACUUUGUCGUCACGUCGAACAAGUGAAGGUGACAUUUUUUCUUCGUUACGUAAACGAAGCCGAUUAAUUUCUUUCAAUGUUCCAAUUAACUGUGCUUGCAACCCUGCAGAUAGCGAAAUCCAUUCGCAAGGCUUGCUGGAAACUUAACGGUUAUAAAUUGGAGACAAAAAACAGUAUUUAAUGUAAAAACAGAAAUGAACUGAGAAAAAUUUUAAGAGUCUUGCUCUUCCAGAUUCGUAAAUUUUCGAAUCGAAUAUAAUGUAAAAUAGAUUUUUUUUUUAAUAGAAACGCGAAUAAAUUUUAGUUUAUUGAA